AUGGAGGUGCUCAAAAAGAGAGUGACAGUGCUGACGAAUCAAGAAGUGCUCUCCUUCCUGAAUAAAGUGAAGAAAGAGGAGGACAUCAAACAGCACCACGACCGAUGCAAAAUGCUCGCCACAGUCGUUUAUGAGGUGGGGAAAGUAGAGAAUUCAAAAAAAUUAUGGAAGUUUGUUUCAGACGAAGAAGUACUUGAACACGACGCCGGCGGCCACACAGAACGAGGCGGUCAUCUGCGAGCUCAUCCCCAAGUUGGCGCCAUUCAACGUACGCACAAGAGAGAUUCCUCUCGCUAAAUCCCUUUUCCUUUCAGCUGACCGGCGCGGAAACUCUGCAAGUCGUGAACAUGAGGCCGAGUUCGGUGAUCGAUGUGCAAUUGCUGAUUGAGGAGACCGAAGAGAGGUAUCCGCAGGAGGAGAAGCUGAACGAACUCGUGACGACCGUCACCGAAUGCCUUCCGCCGCCCCCGCACCGCUGA